CAACCUGUUUUUCCCAGCAUCUUUAGCACCGACACUGUAAAUCCAAACAUGAUCUUUUGAGUUUUCAUUUGAAGUAUCUUUGUAAUUGAAAAGGUUGUUUUGGGUGAAAUGUGUUCAAUUGUGUCUUCCAGUUCUGCAGGUUUUUUUUAAGGUUUUUGUGUGUCUCCAGGUUACACCCAUGAUGGGAUAUCUGAUCUGAUCCGAUCUGAUCCGAGCCAUUGAGAACUUCUAUUUGGUUUGAGGCGUCUGAGAACUACGGCGUACGGAAAGCCGAAGCUGUUUAUUCCUCAAAAGUCUUUUAAAACGUAGAUUUUUUUGAGUUUGAUGAGCUGAAAGUCGAUUUCCACAAGAAUCUUUAACAGAUUGUGAAUAACAUCCUUCACUGAUAAGAGCUGCGAUGGAGACAGAAUCAAACCCACAGGAUUCGUCUCCACUGAUGACCGAAGGCAUGUGGUGGGGAACGCUGGGAUCCGUUCGGCCCUUCCCAAAUUUCCGUGCCGAGAGAGAUGUUACAGUCCUUCAGGCUGCUCUGGAGAAGAAAGAUGUGAGCACUGUUGUGAGAAUACUGACCAAUCGCAGUAACUCUCAGAGACAAUCUCUGGCCCGCGCCUACAAGAACGUCUCACAAAAGGAUCUGGACGCAAGUCUGAAGAAGGUUCUGUCCGGUGAUCUUCAGUCUCUGAUACUCGGUCUGAUGAUGACACCGGAGCAGUUUGAGGCCCAUCGCCUGCGCAAAGCCAUGGAGGGCGCUGGUACAGAUGAAGAAACUCUUUUGGAGGUUUUGUGCACCAGGACGCCGCGGCAGCUCUCCAACAUCACGACUACAUACAGUCAAGAGUUCAAGCGGGAUUUGGAGAAAGAUUUGCUCAGUGAAUCCAGUGGGGAUUUUUCCAAGCUCAUUGUGGCAUUGUUGAAGACUUUAUCUGAGGAGCUGAAAAACAAGAAACCUGCAGCUGAUGUUUGGAUCAGAAUCCUGACCUCGAGACACCCGGAUCAUCUGCGGGUCGUGCUGGACGAGCUGGAGUUUGAGAACGGCCAGACGGUGGAGGACGCUUUAGAGGGACAUUUUAAAGGAGUUCUGUCUGGAGACCUGAGAAAAGGCCUGAAGACACUCGUACGAUGCAUACAGAGCCAGCAUCUGUUCUUGGCACAACGGAUCCAAACUAUGAAAGCCGCAGUGGUUCAGGGUGUGAUUGUGUCUCACAGUGAGGAGGAUCUGCUGAGAGUGCGAGUCGCGUUCCUUCAGUUGACGGGGACUUCACUGUACACGGCCUUACAGAAGCAGUUCAAAGGUGACCUUCAGCAGGGUUUGUUGGCUGUGUGUCGUGCCGAAGAUUAGAAGUUCUGUAUGUGAUACAAUGAUAAAGGUCUCUGUGCACAAAUGCACAUUCCCACAUAUUUACUGCUGUUACACAAAAGCUUUGUUUCUGAAAAUCAAUAAAUCAAUCAAUAAAUA